CGUGUUAGAAUUACCAGGACUCUUGGAAUCGCUGGACUAAAAUAUCAAGAUGCGGGUAUUGUUCAGUUUAAUGGUGUUGAUUUUAUUUUCAAGAGCGACAUAUUCAGAUGAUACAAAGUCCAACAGUUCAGUAAGCGAUGAAAUCUUGGAACAGUCUAUAUCCGAGGCAAAGGAUGAAAGCCGGGGGAGAAUAGAAGCUGUAGCUAUAGGCGGAGGAGUUGAUUUUAUUGUCAAUAACCAAAACAGACCAAUGGAUGAAGAGUCUGACAAUCCCGAAGCGUUAGCAGCUCUUGAAGCUUCUAGACAAGGCGGUGAAAAUGGAACCAUACUCGAGCGAUUAAGAAGAGCACCACAAGAAAAUGGAGAAAACGACCAGAAUCAGAGAAGAGGACUUGAACAGAACAGAGUCAAAAGAUUUAUUGUAAAAAGUGAAAGUUUAAGAUGGGAUCAUGGCAUUGUGCCUUUUCAAUUCAGCAGUGGUGUUGACGACACCAAUAAAUAUCAAAUUCAAGCAGCAAUGAACAGAUACGAGAUGCUGACGUGUAUCCGGUUUGUGCCCAAUUCAGCAGAUGUCAAGUCCACGUACAAAAUAGAUCAUAAUGGCGUUGUUGAAUUUGUCAACGGUCCUGGAUGUUGGGCAACUCAAGGAAAUUCCAGAAAAACUCAACAUAACAGCUGCUGUGCUAAAGAUACAUGUUUCCACGAAUUAGGUCAUACUUUAGGUCUGAUCCACGAGCACCAGAGUCCCAUCAGGUGGGGAAAGUUGAGGAUAGAUUGGGAGAACAUUAAAUCUAAUUUGAUGAUUUGGUUUAGUGAAGACGAUACAGACUACGCUACAUCCUUGGUAAAUUAUGACAUCACAUCCCGGAUGCACUACUCAUUUCACGCCUUUACUAAAAAUGGGGAACCAGUCAUGUCUGAACUAUAUCGUGGACCAAACUACAGAGCCGGUACUGGAGAUUACUAUGCCAUAAAAGAACUUUCAUUGGCUCAUGAAUGCCAAGAGGAGUUCUGUUCAUCUGAAACUCUACAGUGUGUAAAUGAAGGAUAUAUGACCUUGAUAAGAGGUAAAUGUCAAUGCACGUGCCCUGAUGGUUUAGAUCCGAAGAAGGGUUGUGCGGAUAUACGAGAAAAAGAUUCAUUCACUACCUGGCCAAAAGGUACUUACUCCAUUUUGAAACCAGCCUCUAGUUGUCCAGACGGAUUUAAAGAAGGAAAGGUAACGAUACAUGGUACUAGAACUGGUAGAUCUCGACUAUUCCAUCUGGGGGCUGGAUAUUGGGGAACAAACAUAGAUAUGGACAUUUGUACUCGAGAUGAAGAUAACGGAAGUGAUGUCAAUUGGGAACCAGGGGAUUAUUGUAUCUUCAGAAAGGGAGGCACUUGUCCGUCAGGAAUGGCUCACAUGCAAGAAGACUUUAACUUAUGGAGCGGUACGGCCGAGUCUCAUAAAGUUCCAGAAUAUGGCUUCUCGGAGAAUGCGCCACAUAAAGUUGAGAUAACUCGAUACAACCUUCUUGGUUUUUAUGUUUGUUAUUACGCUCCUUUGAAUUACGGUUGUGGUAAGAUUAUAAAUCUGGAUCGAGAUCAUCCCGAAGAAGAAUUUACCAGUCCUAAUUUUCCAUCCAAUUAUAAUGAUUUGACAGAAUGUAAUUGGCUUAUCAAGGUACCAGAAGACAUGGCAGUUAAAAUAGAGUUCCCAGAGUUCGAUAUCGAAUCGACAACCACUGGUUGUUUGGAUUACGUAGAAAUAAGGCAGAAUUUGAUUGGUCAACCCGGAGUCAAAUACUGUGGUAAUAAUCUGGUAUCAACAAUGAGAAGUUUACAUAACAAGGUCAUGGUGACAUUCAGGUCCAAUUCCCAAACCACUAAAUCUGGUUUCAGAGCUAAAGCUUCAGUAAUCCGUCCCGAAGAUUAUGCCUAUAAUCCUCAAGACCAUGGUAUAUCUUACCGAGGCAAGGUGAAUUUUACCCAUCUUUUCGAACCGUGUCUACCCUGGAACCAGGUCACACAUUGUCCACACAACCCCUUCACUCCUACAGGUCUAGAAGCCGACCUGACAGAAAACUACUGUAGAAACCCGAGCGGAGAAGAUGCUCCAUGGUGUUAUACUAGUGAAGUUGGCUGUAUCAGAAAUUACUGUGACGUCAGUCGUAUUGGGAAAAUUCACAAUAAUUAUGAUGACUGUGAUGCAGUUCUGUCCAGAGACCCAGAUUUCUGCCAGAAAGAUAUCGCCAUAUCAGGCUGUGCUGUCAGCUGCCAAAACGCCCUGAAUAUACCUCCAGCAGAGCCAAAAUACUCUGAAGUUCACUGUCCGGCACCAGAAAAGCUGGAUGAUUCGACUAACGAUGGUGUUAAAGACCAGUAUGGUGUGGGAGAACGGGUAGUCUACUCUUGUACCACAGGAUACGAUACUAUGACUAGAACGUGUUUAUCCGAUGGAACUUGGUCACAUGCUGGAUUCGUUUGUGGAGGAUGUCGGACGGGAUGGUAUCCAUUCCGAGGGAACUGUUAUAAAUAUUUCCACCAGGAUAGGGACGUGGGGUCAGCUCUGGAACACUGUAAAUCUGAACAGGCCAGGCUAACUACUGUCAAGGAUAUGGACGAGACCAACUUUGUCGCUUCUAUCAGAGAGACGAUGUUGAAGAUUUGGAUUGGUUUGAAGAAACAGGAUGACGGAUGGUAUUGGUCUGACGGAACUAAAGCAGAAAACCUUAGGUGGUCCAAAGAGCCCUUUUAUUAUAUUUCUACGGCCAUGUUGCUCGGUCGCAACGCAGAUCGGAAGAUAGAAACGCCCCACAGCAACAAUCUGAAACUACCUUACGUUUGUCAAUAUACACCCGGGAAACAAGUGUUAUGUGUUGAUCGACUCCCCAACUGUGAAGAGAUCAUAACCCUGACGCCGUCAGUUUGUAAGAACGUUAGUGGGUUCGCUCAACAGGAAUGUCCCUUCACCUGUAACGUCUGUAACCCGACUUCCGGUGAAGUAUGUGAUGUGGCAAUGGCGGGAGAUCACGCUGUUCAGAUUGGAAGUGACGUUAAACUAAAAGCCGGCCAAUCGGUGAUGUUUGCCUGUAAAGAUGGCUAUGGCAUAACUUCCGGUAAUCUAGGUCGAUUUUGUUUGAGGUCGGGAAAAUUGACCGGAGAUGCACCAACCUGUGCCUUAAGAAGUUCGUUAGUGACUCUUAGUAAUAACGUUAACCUACAAAACAGACAGUUCCCUGGACAAUGGAGAUCUGGAUAUACUGGUCUACAGCCACACUUCAAAAUAGAUAGAGAUGGAGAGAUUAUCCAGUGGCAGUUUUAUUCUCUGUCUAAAGGUCAGAUUGAGCUAAUGGUUUGGAGACAACUCUCGUCUUACAGAUCCAUGCAAUUGGUAGGACACAACUUUGCUUUGACCGAAACUAGUCGUAUCCAGUAUCUGGAUAUACCACCCGGAGAACGGAUCCAAGUUAAAGCCGGUGAUCUGAUCGGGUACUGGGUCCAGGGCGGUUUGGCCAUCCCAAGUGACCGUUGUAAUGCCGGUUAUUCCAUAAAACUCAAUGGUUUCUACAUGCCGAGUCAGUUUGUGACGGGAAACACAUAUUCCUUUAGUUCAGAUUACUACUGUAGAACCUUUUCAUUACGGGCAGUAAUUGGGCCGGUUUCAAAUUAAAGUUGACGAUGGAAGACAAACCAUGAGAAGACAAAAGGGAUAAGGGAACAGAUGUAAAUGAAUGUAAAUAAAUAUAUUGCAAGC